UGUUACAACAGCAAAUCAUAAAAAGAAGGUUAACGCCGAUCAACAACAUCAGCGCGCGAGAGGGACUAUGUUUUCAAAAUAACAGAAAUGGAGAGCUAUUUGUCCCUAUCUCAUGCAACAGAGUCAGAGUUUUAUCUUCCUCACCCAGAACAACGUUCCUUUUUGACCAGUACCCCCGCCUACAGCUACUAUGGCAACCGUGACCACUCCGUUAGAUCAGUUGUACCCCAAUGUCACCUUCAGAGGCCCCCGACAGAGACACACAGGCUGCAGAGCCAAUCGUGUAGGCCGAUACUGAUUCACAACCAAUCAGAACACGGCUAUCAAAAUCAGACAAAUCUAAGAGACUCCUUCAGUUCCCAUGGAGGAUGGAGAAAUUUCCAGCAACAUGAGCUGCGUACAAAGUCAUGUAGUGUGGAUCUAUGUCAGGACAGCUUUUGCUGUAACCGGUUUCCACAGAACAACGUUCCUAGAAAUGGUUUUCACAGCCCCCUCCCUCAUCAGCAGCCAGUGGCCGGGGUGAUGCGGGUUAUUCACGAGAACAUGGAUGAUAAAGUAAUGUCCACGUCGGAUGAGAACGAGAGUUUUUCCGAGGCGUCAAAUAUCUAUCCUUUGCGCAACAAUGAAAAAGAGAAUAGUAGUCUAAAAGGGAAUUGUGGGAGUGAGGUGACUUCUAUCCCAGAAGCCCAGACUCUUUACUCUUGGAUCAUCAAAGUUUUACCGGAUAACUCAGGUCCCUGUGUUGAAGGAAAGCUUAAAGAGGAUGAUGACACGUACUGGCAUUCCAGUCUGAUAUCGGACAGGCUCGAAUCUCACCUGGUCAUUACUGUCAGCGGCAAGGUGUAUCGCUUAAUGGGAGACAUGGAAAUCGAGGACGCUCACUCAGGAGGAUUUGAUGAUCAAACAAUAAGAGAAUUUCUGUCUGGUUUCCCUGUUCACUGGAGAGAGGUGAUGGACAUGUUCUUCUCUGGAGGAUCGUCAAAGUCUAAAGUUAACCUAUCACAAAAUGAUGCUGCAGUCGAUGAUGAUGUUGAGGACAAUGUGAGUUUAUUGGAUGAAACAUUAAAACCCUCAGAGAAAACUCUCAACUCAGAGGAGGAAAAUCAAAAAUCAAAAGACGUAGCCAAAACAACAAAGAGAAAGGAGAAAUUAAAGAAGGAUGUCCCCAAAAAGCCAGUCACAAAAGUCAGGACAGUUAAGUCAAAGGAGAAAGUCAGUCAAGUGAAGGAGCAGUCAUCUAUAAAGAAAGUGGAACAGGUUAAAAAGAAGCAGAAGAAAGAGGUCAAGGCUACAGUUCCCAGUGGAAAAGUCACAGAGGUGUGUACACCUGAUGGUAAGGUGAUUAAGCUAGACUCCGUACAGACGACCAGAAGUGGACGAGCUGUCAAACCUGUGGUGGGCUGGUACGCUGGUCAGUCAGUCACUGUUGACCCCGAGACCAACUCCUACAUCCUCCGACACAGGACACAGUUUGCUGAGAGUGUUUCUAAGGACAUGACAGACUUCUACAAGUCAAGAUCAACCUAUUUCAGAAAAAAUGUGUCAUUAAAUUCUAGUAGUAUUUCUAAAACUUCGAGGGAACAUGUUAAGAACAAAACUUCUGAUAAAAAUGGUAGUGAAAAAAAGGUUGGCAGCAAAUCCAAUAAAACCAACCACAGGAGGUCUGGUAGUUCUGAUAGUGAAUCCAAUGGUAAGACAAAUCAGUCCAAGAACGGAGCAACUUCCAAGUCAAAAUCUCAGAAACAAGCUGAAAGUAUAAAGGAUGGGAAACAGAAAAAAGGAUCCAAAGAAAAAGGGAAGGAAAAGGAGUUGCAAAACAAUAAACAGGAGGAAAAAGUGAGGAAAAGUGACCUUAAUAAAGGGAAAGGGAGUGAGGAGUCAAAAAAUAAUAUACAGGAGAAAAAAAAGAGGAGGAGUGACCUAAAUAAAGAGAAAGGGAGGGAGGAAUCACAAAAUAACAAACAGGAGGAAAAAAUGAGGAGGAGUGACCAAAAUAAACUGGAAAGGUCUGUAUCAAAACCCAGGGCGACAAAAAAAGAAGGAAAAGAAAAUCAGCUGGAGGAAAAGAACAAGGAAGAAUCGGUGUGGAGGAAGGACGAGGUCACCAGACUUAAUCUAAUAACAAAGCAAUUACACCAGUGUGACCCGCAAUUCUGGAGCAAGGUUGUGAACCAUGUAAAGACUAAAACCCUAGAGGAAUGUCAGGAAUAUUUCUACAAAGAGAUGCCCAGUAAAAAGACAGGCAAACGGGGCAGACCCCCCAAACCAAAAGAGACAGCAGAACAACAGGUCAGUCUAACAGCAAAGAGAGGAACUCUGAAGAGGAAACAGCAGCUGAGAGAACUGGUGGAUCAGUCCAAUAAAGUGUACCAGGAGGAUCUGUUUGAUGGGACACCAUACCGGCACCACUCAAAGAUGCCCCGCCUCUCUGAUGAAGAUGACGUCUUCACUGAGCUCAGUAAGAGGAACCCCCAUAUGAUGAACAAGGUCUUCACCCCGAUGACUCGAAUAAACAUGGACCCCAUCUCCACAAAGAAAACCCCCUCCUCAGGCCUGGCUGGCAUAGACUCACAGAUUAACAGAAAAGAAGCUGAUCAGUACAUGCACAAGAUGAACAUCCAGCGCCGUAAACUGGUGAACAAAACCAAGCCCAAAACAGCCAAAAAUUCGGCCAAGGAUAAAGUUCCCGUACCAAACAAAAAACUCUUCAGUAAAAGUGACGAUCUGCAGAGUUUGUUCAUGGAGGAUUGUGGGUCUGACAGUAACCAUGACAACUCGGAGGAGGAGUCCGAUUAUUAUUUCUCCGAGGAAGAAGAAAACUGACAAAGAUCUGACAAACAGGAGCAGCAAAGAACGAUGGAAUUUGUCGGAAGUCAUUACGAGACAGGGACACAAGCUGACUAAGAUCAAAGUUGUCAGUUGUUAUGACAUUAUUAUGAACACGUCAUUUUCAUGUACACAGGCAAAAUUUGUCAAUUCUUAUGACAUUAUUGGAGCGUGUCUUUUUCUCGUACACAAUCAAAAAUUAGAAAAAUCAAAUUUUUAAAAGUUAUGACAUUGUUAUUGGAACAUGUCAUUUUCAUCUUCACCGCCAAAAAAAUUACAAGGAUCAAAUUUGUCAGUUGUCAUGACUUUGGAACAUCAUUUUCAUGUACACUGGCAAAAUUUAUGGAUUUUGAGACAAUUUUUUUAAAUGUGUAUUUUUGAAAGAGAAGAUUGACAAAAAAAAUGAAUGUAAUUUGUAUAUGUAAAAUUUAAUUGCAUGUAGUUAUUAGACAAUGAAGAAAACCAAUGAUAUAGUCAGUUUUACUAUGAUUCACUAAGUGGUAAAUAUUUAGGAAUUUAAGUGUGUAUUACUUCCUUUUUUGAGAAAUGUAUUAAGUGAGUUUUUAAAUCUGUGGAUUUUAAGUGUCAGAUAUCGAGUGUCUUGUCAGAUAUUUUGAUGAACUAGAAACAGGAAAUGUUGAGGAUGAGAAAUCGUGAGUUAGGUUUUACUCACAAUCAUCAGAUCUUUUUAUGAAGACAAAGUUUUCCUCCUCCGCACGAUUUUAUUAUGGCAGAAAUUUUACAUUUUAUUAGGACACUUUGAAAUGUCACACACACGUACGAUCUCCAGACCCAUGAAAGUGUGAAUUACCUGAACAACAAGGCGGAGGAAGGAAAAAGAUGGAGUGGUGCUCACGAGAAUAUUAAUUAUCUAGACAA